UGUUCAACAGGAUGUGCCUUCGUCCAUUUCCUUUCACGAGCCAUAGGAAUUGGAGUUAUGAUUGGUUGAUCCGAGUCCUCAUAUGGAAUGGUGUGCUCUUGAGCAGUAGUGUUGUGUAGAUGAGAUGGUUCUGGAGUUGUAUCAAACCCGUGAUCCUCAACUUCUUCUGGAUUAGAUUGAGGGGUGGACGGUGUAGAUGGUACGUCUUCUGGACUGGGUAGAAGUGGAAUCAGUGGGGUAGGACUAGGUUGUGGUGUAGGUGUUGGUGUUGCGGGAUGUGGAUUCUCAUAAAAUUGUUUGAACAGUGAAUCGAGAAUCACACAGUCAGGUGAAGUUUGUGGAAUGGCUUCAUCAGAGGAUUGUUGCGGUUCAGAAGAGGAAGGGUCUGCCAAGAAGUGCUCAGAAGCGAAGUCUGCCAUUUCAUAGAAUGUUACAUUCACACUAUCUAUGACAGUUCGUCGAUCUCUCAAAUAGAUUCUGUAUGCCUUUGACUGUGUAUAGUAGCCAAUAAACACCCCUUCCCGGGCUUUUGGAUCGAGUUUGCUCCUUUCGUCUCUAUCAUUCAGGACAAAGCACUUGCAGCCAAACACUUUAAAGAAGGAGAUAUCUGGGGUUCUGUUGAAGAGGAUAUCAUAGGGGGUCUUGUCGAAGCGUUUAUGGAUGGACGUUCUGUUUUGUGUGAAGCAUGCUGUAUUGAUGGCUUCAGCCCACAUGAAGUUAGAGAGCUUAGACUGGAUCAGCAUGUUGCGUGCUGCUUCAACAAGUGUUCUAUUUUUCCUCUCAACCACCCCAUUUUGUUGUGGAGUCUUGGCUGCAGAGAACUAUUGUGUGAUACCCUGAGAUUCAUAGAACUCAGUGAGAACUUGAUUUUUGAAUUCGGUGCCAUUGUCUGUUCGGGUUAUCCUCACACUCUUCUGAAGUAGGUUCUGAAUAGUUCUGAUGAAGGUCAUAAUGAUUCCUGCCGUUUCGUCUUUGGUACGAAGAAAUUUUGUCCAUGUGUACCUUGAGAAGUUGUCAACAAUAACAAGUGUGUACUUGGGACCAUUGAUGCUUUGGACUCUCAUAGGUCCACACAGAUCCAUGUGAAGAAGUUGCAGCGGAUGAGUGGAUGAUGGUACAGGUGUUGACUUGUGGGUGCUUCUUGUCAUCUUGCCUAGUUUAUAGGCACUACAAUGAUUGUCAGCGGAAGACUUUAGCAGAGGAAGCCCCUUUACAAGUUUCUUGGAGGACAAAAUGGAGAUGUUCUUGAAGUUUAGGUGGGAAAGGCGUCGGUGCCAUAGACUGUUCUAUUCUGUUGAGGCUCUGGACAACAGACAAAUGGAAGUGGUGGAUUGUACACUUUUCAGAUCAAUCGUGUACAGGUUUGAUGUCCUGUUACACGUUAAUAAGGAGUUCCCAAAGCUGUCCAACACACGACAUUGUUUGGCAAAGAACCUCACUUCCAUCCCACUGACACAAAAUUGUCCUAUGAUCAGUAAGUUAUGUUUGAGCCCUUUGACAUAAGAGACGGUCUUUAUGGUGACGCUGGCACAGAUGACGUCCCCAUACCCAAGGAUUGGAGAUGAGGCGUCAUUGCCGAAUCUGACAUUUCCUCCAAAUCAGUUGGUGAAGUUGCUCAACAGGUGUUUGAUUCCGGUCAUGUGGGUUGAGCAUCCAGAAUCUAAGAGCCACACAUGACCGCCCUGCAAAACAGUUAAGCAGAUUUAGGUCCCCAUCUUGAAAUGGGUCCUUCCUUAUCAACAACAAACACCUUUUUGAAUUUCGCUUUUAGUUGUGAUCCAAAGUCAGCAACUUUCUCACCAAAAGAUUUUUCUUUUGUGGGCUCUGUAAUAGCCAGUUCUGAUUUUGCAGAGGGUGUGGCCUUGGGAACCCACUUUGCAGUUUCAGUUUUAGUGAGUCCGUUUUUAGGGACCCACCUACCAGUUUCAGGUUUAGUAGGCCCGUUCUUGGGGACCCACCUUGCAGUUUCAGGUUUAGUAGGUCCGUUCUUGGGGACCCACCUUGCAGUUUGAGUUUUAGUAGGUCCGUUUUUGGGGACCCACUUAGCAUCGUCAGUUUUGGUAAGUCCAUUUUUGGGGACCCACUUUUGCUUGGUGUUGGGAGAAGUGUAGACCUCGGAUUGAAUGGUUGUUUGGUGAGUUGAGACUUAAAAAUCUUCUCUUUCGAGAGUCUGUUAACAUGUUUCUUAGAGUGAACUUUGAGGGGAUAUUUUAUAUUUGGAAGACACAAAACUCCCUCAAAUGUUCUACUCUUGCUUUCUUUUCUUUGUUUAACCUCUCUCCGAGGUUGCACCUUAACAACAUUCGAAUCACAUUCAUAGUUAUGGGGGUCAGGAACAGAAUAGCCGUAAGCAGAAGUUGAAUUAUAAGAAGCAGAUUGUUCAAAAGACAACACAUAAUUUUUCAGCUUAGGACUCAAAGCUGAAUUGCUGACAGAAUGUUUGACUGAAAUAGAAUUACAUUUUUUCUUAGAAUAAAAAAGAGAUCUGGAACAAGAAUUGGACUUCUUUUCUUCAAAAUUUUUCUUCUUUCCUUCAACAAUUUCUUUCCUUUUCAGCCUCCACUCUUCCUUCUUCUUCCAUCUCUUGUUCAUUUCUUGUCCUGUGGACAAAAGAGAAGAGGGAUGAGUGGACGUUUCUUUUGAAAAAUUAGUUUGGUUAGGAGAGAUGGGAGUUUCCUUUUGCGCUGUACUAGAAGUGGAUUGAGGAGUUGUUUUAGAGUGGUACUUAAUGCUCAGUUGGUUGAAUUCAUUUAAGAGCGUUUCCCAGUUGCUCUCAAAGUCUUUCUUUUCUAAUUCAAACCUUUCUCUCUCAUUUUCUAAGGUUUUCUGAAGAUCUUUGAGCUUUUGGGCCAUUGGAAAGAUACAAGGUUCCUUUCCAAUUUUAGAAAUACCUACUCUUGGAGGUGGGUCUAAGGGAUGUCCUAGGUGUGGUACAUCCUUCACAACAGCAUAAGGAUCCAAACAUUCAUUAGUAGAAAAUUCUUGCCCUUUGCCAGUGAGACUUUUUUCGUUUAAAUCAGUAUAUUGCAAGAAAUUUCAGUUUUUGGGUUCUUUCUCUUUUCUUCUUCUUCAGCAUUUUCCUUUUCACCGGUAUAAUACAUUUUCUGACCAUAUCCUAGUAUCAUGUGAUCUAAGUCAUAAAGCUGAAUGCAAUCAACUUUCUUUAGAUAGCAUGGAUUAGACAUGCCAAGCCCGGAUCUGGGAUUAUAGUACCGGUCAUCACUAAUUUGAUUUAAGAAGAUAGUUUGUUCUGUUUGACCUCUUGUAGCAAUUAAAUCCUCAAGUUCUUUGAUUUUGCUAAAGAGAGUAUUUCUUUGAUUGUCAAGAACAUUUUUGUCAACUUUUUCUGUACUUAGCUCUAUUUCAGUUUGAAACACUUUAUCAGUCAGAUCAGCAACCUUGAGUGUUAACUCAUCAAGUUCGAGUGUCAUCUUUUUGGCAACUUGCUUUUCAUUUUCAAGUUGUAUGCUUAAGGAGGCUUUCUGGUCUAGACACCUAACAAAUUCUUGGUAGUUAUUAUCUAGCUUCUCCCUUAAGUCAUUAAUUAAGUCAUCCUUAUCUUGUAAGGAUUGACUUUGAUUAGAGCAAGAGCAUUGAGAAUCAGAUGUACUUACAGUGCUGUUCGAGCUCUCACUUUCGGGGAUCGCAGCAUCACCCAUUUCUUCUUCUUCAUCAUCCUCCAACAAUGCCAUCAGUGCAUAGUUCUCCUCUUCUUCUUCAUCAGAUGAGUCCUCAGCCCAAUGAUCAUUUUCAGCAAGCAGUGCUUCAUUCUCCUCUUCCUUUUUAGCCAGCAACAUCUUUUGCUUGUUCCAGAUCAUCUUCUGUUUAUAGAAGUUGACGUCCUUUUUCUUGGGAAGACAACAGUCCUUCUGAAGAUGUCCAGACUUUGCACAAUGAUAGCAUUUGGGAGUUUCAUCAGCUAUAACUACUCUACCAGAGCUGCUUUGAUCAUGGGUCUUCUGUUUAUAGUUAAAAGAGGAAGUUCUUAGCUUAUUUGAGGAGCUGUUCUUCUUCCCCCACUUCUUGGUUAAGAGUGUCAUUUUCUUCUGCAACUCUGCCAUUUCUUGCUCAAAGUCUAUUUCAUCAUCGCUAUCUUCUUCUUUUGACUCAGAGAUAACCUUCUUUUUCUUCUUCGGGGCUUUCACGGCCCUCUUUGGUUGUGCCUCCAUUACAAGAGCUAACGGAUCAGUUGAAUACUGUCCUUCUAGUUCUGCAACAUCACUUUCAAAUGACCUCAGAUGGUUUCUUAAGGUACAGAGAUCCACUUCAUCCAGGUCUAGGCCGGUUCUUGCAUCUUUCACAUGAUUUCUCCAUUCAGGAUUCAUACUGGACAUAAAUCUAAUAUUCAUUUCCAUAUUGGAUUUGAAUAUUUUGUUCUUUCUGAGUUCAUUUAUUAGAGUCAUGAAUCUCUUGUGGGUUGAAAUGACUGAUUCCCCAGGUAAGGCUUUAAAAGAGUCAUAGGCCGUCAGAGUACUGGCCUUUUUUGUCUUUAGUCCAAUGGAGGUUCCCUGCAGGAGCUUUGCGACUUCAUCCCACAUUUCCUUCGCAGUCUGCAUGCUGUCAAUCAUAAUGUAGAUAUCAUUGGGAAUGGCCUGUAGCAGGUAUGUUUUGACAGCGAGACCAUCCUUCAAUCUCUCUCUGUCCUUUGCUGUGUAUUCAGUGGGGGUUUUAAUCCGUCUGACUUGUUCAAUUGGUGGAUUAUUGUUCUCAUUCCCCGGGAUAGUUAUCCACACUACUGUAGGGCCUUGAGUGAGGGAUUCUAGCAGAUCAGAAGAGUUAUCCCGAUUCUCUAAAAAAUUGAGAAAUCGAGUCUUCCACAUAUGAUAUUCCCCAUUUCUCAGUACUGGGGGAUUGUUGUUGUUACCAAGUGCUGAAGAGUCUGUUGCAAUUGAUGUUAUAAAUUGACCGUUCGAGAUUUGAUCAGAAAAAAAUUCUAAGGCAGAACCUCGAGUUCCUGAGUGUUGAAAUGCUAAACUCGAGUUUUAAGAUUUCGAGAAGAGAACUCGAGAUUGUAAUCUCGAGUUUUAGAGUUUCGAGUUUUCAAAACUCGAGAUAUGAAACUCGCAACUUCAAAACUCGAGUAAAGACUUGCGAGUAUUGAUGCUGAGAGUUUAUACAAUGCGAGUUCUAACCUCGAGUGUCCAACUGCGAGUUUAGGAGUUCAAAACCCUGAAUUGCGAGUUCCUGCAGAAAGGAAAUUUUGCGUAAAACAGAAUCUAAGGUAUACUGCUUGAUCGUUAUAAGAUUGCGAAUCUAACAGUAUAACUUUUACAGGUAUUUGAUAAAAAACAAGAUUACAAUAGCUAAACUCGAAAAACUAUAGAUAAACAAGAAAACAACAGUCUUUCGACGAUGAACGUCUGAUCGGUCUCGAUCGGCUCUGAUACCAAUUGUUUGUCCCUGUUUAUAUGAUUACAACAAUAUAACGAUACUCAAAGAUAAGAAUAGCAGAAAGAUAUACGCAGGAGAUCCUUAAACUCGUCUUUGAUAUACCGUGAACUUCUACAGGAAGAAUAAUAAGCUCAAGGCUGUAAAGAUCGAAUGCAAAAGUUGACGCAAACCUAACCCUUAAGCGCCUUUUUAUAUGCGCAGGUUGGUUUGCGUACAGGCUUUACGCCUUGUAUAUGGGCCAGACAUUUGGGCCCCAUACCCUUUACUACUAUAAUAAAUACAACAAUAAAUACAUAAAGGAGUAAUAAAGGCUAUAGCAAUACAAGACUCUUGACAAACUUGAUACACAAUAAAAUAUUCUUCAACGGGGGAACUCGCAAGUAGUACUGAGGAGUAGUCAACUGUUCAAGGAAAGCUACUCAAACUCACAAGGAAUGAAGCAUCAAGGUCCAGGAAAGCCAAUCUCAGAUUUUCAAACAUAAUUGAAUCAAAAUCCAAGAAGUAGGCUCAGCAGGUAACUGAAUUUCAGCAGCAGUAGGCUGAGCAGGUGCCUAACUAACUAGCCCACUGCUACAUUUUCUUGACACUUGCAAGAACUUGCAUCACAUAAUUCAACCAAACCUGACUAGAGAUAAAGAAGGAAGGAGAAGGGAGGUAAAAACAUUGGUUCACAAAAUUCGAGCAGGUGCCUACCAGCAGGUGUCUGCCUCAGGAGCAGACGACUGUCUCUGGACAGCAGUUGGCUCAAAUUUUGAACAAAAUACAUGGAAUCUCUGAACUCAACCUAUAUCAUCAUGAUCCUCUCAUAUCAAUGAUUCAAAAAAGGUACAUUUUGCUCUCAGAAACAUUAAAAACAUUACCGAAGUUUGAGCCCCCUGCUACCAAUAUGAACACAGAAACUAGCAGUUAAUGCCAAGAGUGACCAGCCGUAUUCUCCAACGGCUAUAUUCCAACGGCUAGUUUCCGAUAGCCUAUAAAUACUCCCUCCGUACAAUUACCAACACUUUUCACUUACAAUCUCUCUCUAAUCUCUUUCUGAAUUCUCAAACACUCUCAAAGCUCUCAAAAGCUCUCAAACAAUCACCCUACUUUCACGACCACCUUACUUAACUCUCACCUGAAUCCAUGGCCUCCCUCAUCCAAAUCUCAAAAUCCAUCUUCACUGGUUCCGUUCUAAACACCUCUAAAAUCCUUGAGAGGGCAGAAAACAGUGAUCUCAUGAGGGAGCUCAUGAGGAAGCUCGACACAACUGGCCUCAUCAAAAUGGCAACCUACCCUUAUUCCUGCUUCUACCCCGAAAUUGUAGCAGAGUUCUACAUCAACUCCACUCCUGAGACACUGAAAUCUAGGGUGCUGGGGUUCGAAGUGGAAAUUCAAGAAGAGGAAAUCAGGGAUCUGCUAUCUCUACCUGGAAAUGAGGCCCCAGACGUAGAAGACCUUAACCUCAACGAAGAAAACUUUAAAGAGAAAGUUUUCAUUCCAAGAACUCAAAACCUCAACACCCUCAAAGUAAAGAAGAAGAUGAUGGUGCACGAAUACUCUCUCCUGCUAGAUAUCCUCUACAAGUGCAUUGACACAAGAACCACAACACUAAACGAGAUAAAUGCACAAAGAGCAAAGCCACUGACCACUAUAAUCUCAGGGUCCCCACACAACUGGUCCAGGUACGUCUAUAACGAGCUCUUGAAAUAUGUAAAUAAAUCCCAUAAAGGAAGAAGCGAAGACAACACCCUGCCCCUGGUGGGUUAUGAAUUUCUGAUUGGAGAACUCCUCAAGAAAAAGGGGAUAGUGGGAACAACCAAGGAAGCAACAAAUUGGAGAAAAUUCCUCCACCAAACCUUCAAGGCAGGGGCUCCAGAAAUCCCAAAGGUAGAUGAUUCCUUCCUCUCCAACGACCCUCUCAUGAUCUCCUUCAAAAUCGAUACCAAGACGGCAAAGAGGCUCAGAUCAGGAUGUCAAGCGGCUAAGGCAAAAAGGCCGAGAACAACAACAAGAAAUAGAAGGAAUGGAAGAAGCAGCCUCAUCCUUACAACUGGCUCAUGAAGAAGCAGUGGCCUCCCCUCUCACCAUCAUCAAUGAAGAUGCAGAGUCCUCCAACUCUUCCAAUACAAGCAACAGCUCAGCCAUACCUCUUUCAAUUCUUAUUCCAAGGAUACAACAACAAGCAGAGUAGCCAGCUCAAAUGGAAGAGCAGACGACUCAAAUACGAGAGCAGGUGGCUCCCCUAAACGAGCAGACCCCUCAAUCUCUAGCAGUGGGGUCACCCAAACUGACGCCCCUAGAGCAACUGGAGGCAGACUUCACAAGGGUCAAAGCCUGGAGAUCAUGGAAGUUAUCAAGAAUCCUUCAUCAAGCUGAGACCUUGGCCCACUUCAUAGAUGAAGAGGAUUUCGUGAUAGACUGGCUUGGUACUCAUGAUAUGGCAGACGCAACCAGGCUCCUAAAGAUCAACCAAGUGUACGCCACAAAGAGGAAGCAGCUCACUGCCAAGGCAUCAAUAGAAGACUCCAACGAUGAUGAUGAUGAUGACGCUGACAAUAAUAUUAAAGGGCCACCAAGUUCAAGAGGUAAAGAAAUCAUACACUCAUCUUCUUCUAGUGAUAAGGAAAUCAGAAGAAUUCUUGAGAAAUCAAGGUUGGAAACACAAGGAGCCGAAGAACAGUUGACUACCAACCUCCAGCAGGUGACUCAACUGCUUGACCUCAACGUGGAACCCCAUCAAGAAGAAGAAACUCCUGAGUAGCCCACUACAUCUCCUGAACUAAAGGAGCAGAUUCUCAACGAUGGCGCAGAGGAUACCCCUUCACUGGCGGAGGUAUUCAUUCAAGAACGAAGAGCAACCACAAAGUUCAUUAGCAACGCCGAGGUUCGCCUACACAAGAGACUAAUCAAAAUGCAAAAGCAUUUUGACAAACUUCUGGAGAUGAGGUUUGCAGAGGUUCACUGCCACAUCAAGAGUAACCUGAUGAUCCAGCAAGUCUACAAUGCUGAGCAAAAGGUGCAGUUAAAAAUCCAACGCUCCCAGCAGCCAGAUCAACUGGAAGCCAUAUACAAAGAGUUGGCAGAUCAAAGGGCAAAAGAUAGAGAACUGGAGCUUCAAAUCCAGAUCUACAUCAGGCAACUGCGGGACCAAGAGAAAGCAGGUGCCUCCAACCCGGCAGCAGAGUCCUCUGCCCAGGUACCUUCUCUCCCAUCUUUAUCUCCUGACCUUGAGCAGGCCCUUCAAAGAGUUCAAGAGCAUGAGGCGUACAUCAACAAGCUAAAGACCGAAGAAUUCCCUGUCAUCUUCCAACUCUCCAAAAAGUUUGUAGAAAAGCAGGCAACUCAUGCUCAAGCUAUCAGGCAAAUUACAACAGAUGUCGCUAACAACUUCAAAGUCCUCCAAAAGGCCACUCAAGAAACCUUUUGGAAACAAGGAGAUGACUUUCAGAAGAUGGGCCAAGAGCUAGCAUCAACAAAGAAGAAGAUUCAAGAUCUGGAACUUGAAGUCAAAGAUGAAGUAAAGACUGACCUCAUGGACAUCCACAACUACACCAAGGCACUGCCCAUGAAGGUAUAUGGAUUGGAUCUGGCACGGAGACAUCAAGAAGAAGAACAGGACUCUGAUCCAGAAAUUGAAGCACUCUUCAAAGAAGGCGAGACCCCUGUUGAUGCCAAAAGGGGGGAAAGGACAACACCAGCAGACCCCUCAUCUUCAAGGUCAUUAGUAGCCAAGAAAGCAGUUGAAACCAGACGAAAGAACAAGCUACUCCAAGAAGAUAUGGAAAUUCGAAGAAGGAAAGCAGAAGAAGCCAAAGCAAGAGAAGAGCCCAAGAAGAAACUAGAGGAAGCCAACAAGAGUAGACUAGAACAAAAGUCCGAAAGUGACUAAAAACUAUUAUACUUUAGAUUUUAGACUAAUGUACAAUAAUCUCAAUGAAAAUCAAUAAAAAUAUUUCUUUCUUGUGUUGUAUAGUUUUGGGAUCAUCAAAAACGGGGAAAUUGUUAGUACCCAAGUUUGAUAGAUUUUGAUGAUGCCACUAUACUUUGCACUAGUACAUUGUGUCUUAUUUAUAUACGUAUUAGUAUUCAAAAUUAAUCAUUAGUGACAAAUAAAUGUACAAUUUUUGAGACUAAUAAAAUUACACUGGAAAGUUAAAAAUGCAAUAAGGUAAUUUUUUAUUUACCAUAAAAGGAUAUUUAAAUCCUACCAAUAUAAUUUUAUUUGCACACAAAAAUUAACUGUCACAAAAAGAAAGUCAUAUAGGUUCGAAAAUCAUAUACAUUGAUUGUGUAUGGUUGAAGACAAAAUUUGACAAGCAUUUAAUGCUAAAAUUGUAUAUGGGACCUAAGCAUGUGACACACAAGAUAAAAUCAUCUGAAUGAUCCUUUGAAGAGAUUAUUCAGCGGCUGAAUUAUUGAAGACAAAGAGAUCUCCAAAUCUGCUCCAGUGCAUGAAGACAAAAGAACACUUCAACGUCCAAGAUCAAUUUAUCUUAACCAACGGAUAAGAUUGAGCAGCCAGAAAAUCCUAUAAAUACAGGCUGAAACGAGAGUUUCUAACCAAGCUUUGAGCAUCCAAAAUAGAGAAAAACUCCCAUUGAUCAUAUACGAGCUAUCUAGCAAAAGAGAAAGUGCGAACUUAACUUCACUCUCUGCUUGGACUCAUGUUUCACUAAACUUCCA